UGCCCCCCUCCCCUGUUCCUACUACUGCAAUGACUCAGAUGAAGAUUGCUAUAUCACUGUCAGCAGCAGCUCAAAGGCUUGGCAUCUCUGUCAGCCGCGGUUGGACUUUGGGCACCUGCGUCAGUACCGCUCCGAGCUCCGGAGCCGCUGAAUGAGGGGGCCCACUCACUGCUCUCUGUCGCCUGGGAGCUUGUUGUGCAAUAACGCACGAGGAGGGGAGGAAAAGAAGAAGAAGAAAAAAAAAACACACACACAAAAAAAAGAGUCCCUUCCAGCUGCCGAGAGCAUCACUGACAAGCUGCUCGGUUAACAGUGAGCCUUCCCGCAAACGUCCACCCGCAUGUCCAUGUGGGCAUUGAUCCGCGUGACAGACAGCCGCCUCUAAAGCAGCCCUCCAGUUCAGGGUUUGCCCCUCCUGGCCAGCACCAAUCUGAGAUGGGUAGAAGGAGGGGGCGGGAAGGUUAGUUUGAAGAGGGCAGAGCUUUGCAAGAGGACGCCGAUUUCCCUAUUAUUUCACCGCUGGAAAAAAGAAAGAAAUAAAUAAAAAGAAUUCCAAACCCAGUGGACACUAACAGCUGAGGGAGUCAUCAGUCGGACCAAACGUCAGAACCUCAUUAACUCCAAGGAAACCCAGUCGGGAGAGAGAGGAAACAGCAGGAACACAACCCGUACAGCUGCUGGAGUCUCUUGUUUAAUCUGAUAUGGCUGCUGCACUUUGGAAGGCUAAAUCACUGGACCUGGGCUUGUGGAUCUUCCUCCUGCUCCUCAACCUCCUCCCUGCAGCCAGGGCAGUAGUUGGACACAGAGAGCCGCUACCUGAUGAUAGUAAAGACAAUAUCACCAUUUUCACUCGAAUCCUAGACAGGCUUUUGGAUGGAUAUGACAACAGGCUACGUCCUGGGCUGGGAGAAAGUGUGACAGAAGUGAGGACAAACAUCUAUGUGACGAGUUUUGGACCAGUAUCAGAUACAGACAUGGAGUACACCAUCGAUGUCUUCUUCCGUCAGAGCUGGAGGGACGAGAGGCUGAAGUUUGACGGGCCUAUGCAAGUUUUACCCCUCAACAACCUCCUGGCCAGUAAGAUCUGGACUCCUGAUACCUUUUUCCACAACGGAAAGAAAUCUGUGGCCCACAACAUGACGACUCCUAACAAACUGCUACGACUAGUCGACAACGGUACGCUUCUCUACACGAUGAGGUUGACCAUUCAUGCCGAGUGCCCCAUGCACCUUGAGGAUUUCCCGAUGGAUGCGCACGCCUGUCCCCUGAAAUUUGGAAGUUAUGCCUACACCAAUAACGAGGUGAUCUACCUGUGGACCCAGGGAGAUGAGAGGUCCGUUGCUGUUGCAGAGGAUGGCUCCAGGCUGAACCAGUAUGACCUACUGGGACACGUUAUUGGCAAAGAAACCAUCAGCUCCAGCACAGGAGAAUAUGUGGUGAUGACAACAUAUUUCCAUUUGAAAAGGAAAAUUGGCUAUUUUGUGAUUCAAACCUACCUCCCGUGCAUCAUGACUGUCAUACUGUCUCAAGUCUCCUUCUGGCUAAACCGAGAAUCGGUUCCUGCUCGCACUGUAUUUGGGGUCACUACUGUCCUAACCAUGACCACCUUGAGCAUCAGUGCUAGAAACUCCCUUCCUAAGGUGGCCUAUGCCACUGCCAUGGACUGGUUCAUGGCUGUGUGCUAUGCCUUUGUCUUCUCUGCCUUGAUUGAGUUUGCCACAGUCAACUACUUCACCAAGCGCAGCUGGGCAUGGGAUGGGAAAAAAGAGGGCAUGGAAAUAAGGGAACCGUUUCAGGCUAACAUGGCCAGGAUUAAAGAUAUGAGAAGAGAAUCUGCGACUCUGUCCAAAAAGGCAAACAACACCUUCAACAUUGUCGGAACCACCUACGCCAUCAACGUAGCUAAAGACCAAGGUUUAACGACCAUCUCCAAGAGUGCCGCCGGAGCAUCGGCCAAACUACCCUAUCUCCACAAAAUGGAAGACCCCUACACGGAGGCCAGGAAGUCCUACAACCGCGUCAGCAAAGUGGACAAGAUAUCGCGCAUCAUUUUCCCAGUUCUGUUCUUCAUCUUCAACUUAGGCUACUGGGCCACAUAUGUCAACAGAAAGCCCGCUAUCAUGAAGGCAAACAACCUAAACUGAAUUUGACCAAAUUCUAGGCAUGAUCUGGUUUGUUUCGGAGGUUAGACAGGUUUUGCAAGAGGCCAAGUCCAUUACAUCUUAUUGUGUG